UUUGAUCGAUAAUGCACACGUACACUAUUUACAGUGUUCAUAUCCAGGCACAUCUGUCAAAUCUCAUAGUGCCAUGGUAACGUGACGUUCAGACGUCACGCAAACACUUUUGCGGUAUGGCUGACAUUAAUAGGCUUCUACUUUAAUUUAACUUUUGUUCAGUUAAAAGUACAAAUUAGCUAACUCUAACUUACUGUUUGGAGAUACAUUUCAUUCAUCGACCGUAACUCAGCCACUUAAUAAGUGGCAUAAGGCAGCGCUAGCUUGAAUAUCGCAUUUGUGUUAGCAAAGUUAGCUAACUAGCUAGUUCUGUAAAUAGCGUUUCGGUGACAGUAGCACUUGUUGUUUAAUGCACUCAUUAAACCUCUAAGUCAUUUAAGCAGUGAAAUGGCUAACACGGGGGUUUGCAGCAAACGCCGUAAUACCACUAGGACAGAUCUCAGUUUGCUGCUCGAGUGUCUGAAGUUUCAGAUGAAAUGUCCCGAUUUGCAAAAACAAGCUCUUCUCACCAUUCACUCAAUCUGUGAAAAGAGAGAGGACAAUGUGGACCUGCUGAGGGAAAUGGGAGGUGUCUCAUUUGUGUAUAAACUGUCCAAAUCCAGCAUCAUUCCCACAGAUGUUAAGGAGACGGCCCUAUUUACACUGGGCACCUUAGCAGAGGCCAAUGUGUAUUGCAAGAAUUAUCUCUGCAAAAAGGAGACAUUUGCAGACCUUGCUGGUUUGUUGCUGAAGGAAGACAUCCCGCUGACACAGAAGAGCGUGUCGGUGUAUUUGCUGACCGUGUUGGUAGCCAACAAUAAAUUGGGACAGACUUUAGGUCAAGCAACUGGCUGCCUGGAUAUUCUAUUGGACCUCCUCAGGACCACUUCCCCUCUCUCUACAGAGGCUACAGUGAGAGCUGCUAACGCUACUCAGACUUACCAGUUUUGGGCAUCUGUGUGUAGUGCGCUCUGUGGAUUUGUCAACAACCCUCAAAAUGACGAGGCUCAGCGUGUUUGUGUGGCGGCCUUUGCCACAAUAAAAGUCUGGCUUCAGCAGAUUGCUGUGCCACGUACUGAGAUUUUUCAACCCAUAUGUUCUUUCAUAGCGAUGACGGUUGCCAACAACUCCUGUGUUCAGGGGAGUUUUUAUGGCUCCGGGUGUCUGGAUACUCUCGCUCUUGCACUGGUUCGUCUAGCUUCAGCAGCAGACACAAGCUCGACGUCUUGCCAGCUUGCUGUCACUAUAUCCAAGACCCUUUCUGCUUCCAUCACAGAAAAUACGUCUCUGGCCUCGGGUCUUUCUCGGUAUGGUGUGGUUCCCCACCUCUUCUCCCUGCUGGAUAGCCCACACUUGGAGCCUGAGGACAGGCUGUCUGUUUUGCUCACUCUGGGCCGCUGCACUGAGGCAUCUGAGGAGCACCAGUCCCAGUUGCUGCGUUGUGGAGGCCUGCCCGUUAUCAUAACCCUUCUCACAGAAGAUACAAGUGAGGAGGUUAGGAAGGCUGCUACCUUCAUUUUGCAGACCUGCAAACAGGCCACCAUGUCCUCGGAAGUGCCUGGUCUGACAGUGAGCCACGAGGAGGCUGAAGACGUGAACAUGGAAGGCUUCAGGGCCACAGCCAGGGAGUUGCUGUGCAGGAUUGAACUGCUGGAGAAGAAACAGGCCAUGGCGGCUGAGGCUCAGCAGGAAGACAAAGAGCCCUUAACUUCGAGCGAAAGUCUCGGUCGACCACUUCUGCCUCCGCAGCAGAGGGAGACCAUUAAAACCAUUCACACAGCAUGUAGACAGGCCGACACUCGCAAGCAUGUGGAAGCAGGGAGCGACGGCAACAUGACGCAUAUAAGCAGCCAUUUAAAAGGGCGGAAGGAGAAGGAUAAAACCGGUGGAGGGUCUGUGUGGUAUUCUGUGUGCAAUGGUACUGGUUCUCUAAUGCCUUCCCAUCAAAAGUCACUAGAGGGAGACCCGGAGCCUCGCACAGCCGACCAUAAGUUGUUCAAGCCUCCAGCGUCAGUCAGGCACAGUGUACCCAAAGAAAUCCAAGGUUCUGAUGACAAAGAGUUGAAGGACUGUCAGAGAGGUACGGUGGGGAAGAUCCGAGUUGAAGAAAACUCACUGUCUUGUGUCCGGUGUGCAGUUUGCGUGCUGCCUUUUGAGGAAGUGACCAGUCGCACUUUUGCGUCGCUGCAAAGCUCCUGCCAGCACAGCUGUGACAUACACCAGGUACUCCGAGAGGCCACAGAGCGGUUCAGGACCCGUCACUGCAACAUGCUGCUUAGGAGAGAGUACCAUGACGACGGUGAGCCGGCAAACCAAAAAUACGAGAGAGUUUCAGCUGCACAGCCACGGAGGAGCUGGGAAGACUGGAGCGAGGUGCGCCCGACUCUCGUACGUAAGGGAGCAGGAAAAGGCCGGAGCUCCCCUCCCUGGAAGAAGCACAAAGACAUCCGUUUGACUCCACUGCAUAAAGGAGCUACAAAGGAGACAUGGACCACCUACGGGACAGGGCCGGGCUUGAUUCCUCUGAAAAGGUCCCAUCUUCCAGAAGAGAGAAGAGUAGGCAAUAAAAGUGGACGUCCCACUAUGGAUGAUGAGCCGAGGACGAGCCCAGAUCACGGUUCCAAUAGACGGAAGAGGGCCGACUUCAGCAGUGAGGAGGUGCGUUACCUGCAGAGAGGUGUGAAGCGUUUCGGUUUCUCCUGGAACUCCAUUUUGUGGUCGUACCCCUUCCAUCCGGGACGCACCAACGUUGACCUGGCUAAAAAAUACAGCCGGCUAAUGGUAACAAACAUUAGAUAUUUUCCAUCAUAAAUGACACAUUGCAUUCAAAUGCCUUGUUUCUUUGCCUUCAGAGAGGUAACGUCUAGGAGUCUGGCUGUUCGGAGGUCGUGGGAAACCCAACGAACGGCUCUCUUCACACUGUAUUUAUUGCAAAUUGAUGCCAAAGAGCGUUUACUUAUAUAUCCUUAUAUAUAUCUAUAUAUUAAUAUAGCGCAUUCUCACGAUGUAUUAAGAUUUGUCUUACAGUACAGUACUUAGAGUACUUGGUACUUUGCACUGUUUGUACUAUAUAUUUUAUUCUUGUCAGUUCUUUGACACAUAUUUUUAAUUGUUUAUU